UCUCUGUCAUUCCCAAAUACACACAGCUUUCGAAUGCAUUAGCCUCUUUCCUUUCAAGAGAAGCAAAACGUUUGAAUGUGAGCUUUUUAUGAGUAUUUAACGGUGAAAGAAGUCAAAUGAACUGGUUGGGAAGAGCGUUUGCCGUUUCCUGUUGCUAAUAAUUUGAGUGUGUUAGAUAUUGCACUAACCUAGAAGAACGACAUGGAUCUUUCAUUUAUGGCUGCGCAGAUUCCUGUAAUAGGAGGAGCGUUUAUGGAUUCUCCCAAUGAUGAUUACAGUGCGGAUCACUCUUUGUUUAAUUCCUCAGCCAGCGUCCAUGCAGCAGCUCUCACAGCCCAGAACCAACAGGAAGAUUCGCAGCCCGUCUCCAGUGAUGCUAUCUGGUUAUGGAUUGCAAUCAUCGCUACCAUUGGAAAUAUUGUUGUUGUAGGGGUAGUGUACGCCUUUACAUUUUAAAUACAAGAACACAGAGUGUCCACCUGUGGAUAAGCUGGAAUAGCAACCCAAUCAGAACUUUAACUGAGAAGGACAUUACCAAUUACGCCAAAACACUAUUAAAAGAGCAAUGAUGCUGGCAGGCCAUAUUUGCGUGUAUGACAUGUAUUACACAUUGUAUCACUUUACAGGUGUUCCUUGUACUGCAAUGCUAUAGUUAUGACUACAAGUCUGAGGAAAAGAGGUGAAUUUGGGAUUUAAUUUAAAAAAAUAUAUACAUUUUAACAUCCCAAAGAAGUUGAUGGAAAUUAAAUAUUUGUGUUCCCCCAAAAAUGAGUAAAAUGAAUAAUGUGAACUACUUGAAUAAAUCAAUGCAGUUUGUGACAUUCUGGCUUUUUUUUUUUUUUUUUUUGGCACUGUCGAUAAUAAAUUGCAGUUGUUCAAGAUGGAAAUGGCAGCAGUCAGUACUGCAAUAGUGGUAGCUGCUGUAUAUAUUUCAUAAAAAUAUAAGGUCAUUGUUCCAUUAAUUCCAUUCUUAUAAAAAUAAGAUGCCCUUACAGUAUUAUUGACACCUAUCUUUGCUAGUCACAAUUUAAUUUGAUUACCUGUUUGCAAUAAUGUUUUAAUUAAGUGUAGUUUAGGGCAUAGGGCGUCUGCUAAGAAAUAAAUAAUAAUAAAAAAUAAUAAUAAACAGAGGAGUAUCUUUCAGCUUUGUGUUUGCCGAGUGUAACCUGCUCAUACUCUCAUGUGUAAAAUCUGUUGAACAGACCCCUGGGUGUUUUCAUCACUCUGUAAAACACAGAUUUAUUCAUCCUUACUUUAAAACUAGACCAAGCACUUGACACAGUGUACUGCCCUGCAGUGCUGGCCACAUCAUUAUCCUCCAACCAGCAUUGACAGCAUUUGUAAAAAGAAAAUAUUUCAAUUGGUUUGCUUAAAUGAUUAAAUUAUCAUUAUCAUUACAUUUAAAAAAAAA